AUGUUUGAUAUAAAGGCUUGGGAUGAGUAUGUUGUGGAAUGGGCUGGCAAGGACCCAUAUGGCUUCCUCACGACGGUGAUUUUGGCCCUUACUCCAUUGUUCCCAGCAAGUGCUGUACUGUCCUGGAAACUGGCCAAGAUGAUGGAGGCCAGGGAAAAGGAGCAGAAGAAGAAACAAAAACGUCAAGAAAAUAUUGCAAAAGCCAAACGACUGAAAAAGGAUUGAAGAAAAGAAUAGGCUCUGAAACCAGAGGAAAAUUAUUUGGAAAAUUAUGCAGAUUUGGAG